UGGCUAUGUGUUGUGCUAUAUAUUAUACCAUAUUAUUGCGUUGUCCCUAAAUCAAGAAUAAUGGUGAUAUCUAUUGUAUGAGGAUGUGCGACAUGUUAAUCUUAUAUAAAACGUUCAAAACCAACAAUCAGUUCGCGUUGAAGAUCGAAAUGUUGUUUUAUAGCUUCUCUGUUGCGUACGCUAUAAAUGUGUAAUGGUUUUUACUAUGGUUAUACAUGUCUUUGUAUAUAUCGGUUUCCUGAAUUUACAAGUAUCUAGCGCUGUUGUUAUUUAAGAAUCCAUUCUUAAGUGGUUUAAUUCAAUAUAUUAGCAGAUCUGUUUCAUGGAUCAUUAUCUAAUGUCAAUAUUUGUCUUGUCAUGAAACUCUAUAUUCCAGUGCUUCUUAACACAAGCUGUCUGGAACAUGGCUUAUGUAUUCCUCAUUGUUUGACAUAAAUAUAAUGUAUCAACAUGGUAUUCAAAUCACCUCGCAAUAAAGAAGCAAUAACAUUCAAAAGUGACUUGGACAAGUUAAUUAAAAGGCACUUCUACGAUGAACUUAUUGUAUGCAAUGACGUCACGGAUGUACUGAAGAAAUACAAAUCUCUAUCUGUGGCAUUAGAUCGCAUAGGAGGUGAGGUCGUACUCAAUUUAAAAGGCACGCUUCCGUAUACCCAUGCUAAUGUGGAAUAUCAUUGUCCCAUUGGGAUAACCAUUGGGACACUGUAUCCAAAAACACCUCCACUGUUCAAGGUUAUUUCAUCUGGAACUAUACGUAUAGCGACUAAUCAUCCAUGUGUUGCCAAAAAUGGGAACAUAGUGAUGGCGUAUUUCGACAAGUGGUCUGCUAGAUGCACUGUAAUGGAUGCCAUUAAUUUGGUAUUGGGAGAAUUUAACAAGCAAUCCCCAAUAUACCAAGUUGGACAACUAGAACAAGUGAUUACCCUGACGGAAGUGGUGUCACCACGUUUAACCAUCUCAUCUGAAAAAAAGAUUAAUGAAUGUAUUCCUGAUUGGAUGCCUGAUUCCGGAUUGUCAUUGGAUUCCACAUACAACGAUAUACAUGACGGCAUAAAAGAUGCCCAUAAGAAUAUAAAAAGAUCUAUAGUGGAAAGCAAACCGCAGCUGCUUGUUGAUUACGAUUGCGAUAUUACGAAGUACGACCUUCAUAAGUGUAUAAUGGAAGAAUGGGUACCACUUUGUGCCGAUAUAGGUCUGGCUUUAAAGAGGCAAUAUAGUGACAAGUUAUACCUCAGCAGUCAGAUAAGACAGAUGAAUUAUCAUACUACCAUUCUAGAUGACGUUGCAGAUUAUUUUGGCCGAGUAAACAAACUGGCAAGCCAAAUUAAACAAUUGGAAGUAGAUGUAGAUGCAACUUCUGGUAAGGAAGACAUCUACUCCGAGUCGUUGGAAUCAUUUUACAAUCAAGUUGUUAUUACAGAUAAAGAUCCCAGGAUAAAGGCUAUCACAGCCGAGUUGUCUGCUGACUCCAUGAUUGAAUUGGUGAAUACUACCUUUAAACGUAAACGUAUUUCGACAAAAGAUUAUAUUCAGUACAUUCGUCGAUUGUCUACCGAGAGAUUCAUUGCCAUGUAUCAACGGCGUCAGCUAUCGGCAGCGUAAUAUAACCACCAAGAAGUGGGUAUAAUGUCAAACAUGACAGAACAGAUCUAAAUG